UUUUUCAGUUUCAACGUUCCUUCUUCGAUCUUUCAUAGCAUCUCUUUAUAAAUAACAAAGAUCCCCAAUUUCUCUUUCAACCUACAAUUUCAAUUUCUCAACUACUUUUUCUUCUUCUGCACAAAUGGGAGGUGGAAAUGAUAAUCGUGAUGAAUCUGACAAAGGAGUUUUGUCACAUUUAGCUCAUGGGUUAGCUCAAGGUGCUCAUGGUUAUCCGCCAGGAGCAUAUCCUCCACCGCCAGGAGCAUAUCCUCCACCUGGACAUGGCUACCCUCCACCUGGACAAGGCUACCCUCCACAUCAAGGGGGUUAUCCUCCCGCUGGUUACCCUCCUGCUGGUUAUCCUCCACCCGGUGGUUAUCCUCCACCAGGUGGUUAUCCUCCAGCCGGCGGCGGUUAUGGUUAUCCGCCUGCUGGUUAUCCUGGUUCACAUGGUCCACCACAUGCCCCAGCCCCAGGGCUUUUUGGGCAUGCCGGGCAUAGCGGUGCAGGUGCAGGUAUGGGUGCAAUGGGUGGAAUGGGCGGAUUGAUUGCUGGUGCCGCCGCUGCUUAUGGCGCCCACCGUGUUUCCCAUGGCCAUUAUGGACAUGGAGGGUAUGGUCACAUGGGCCAUGGAAAAUUCAAGCAUGGAAAAUUCGGCAAGGGUGGGAAAUUUAAGCAUGGAAAAUUUGGCAAGCAUGGUAUGUUCGGAAAGUGGAAGUAAUCCUAUCCAUCCAUCUAUGUAUAUACAAUCAUGACCUCUAAAAGACACUGCUGCUGCUCAUUACUUUUAUAAAUAAUCAUUACUUUGUAAGGUGCCACAAUUUAUAAUUGGUUGAACUAAUUUUUUUGAUUCUAA